AUGGCCUUCACCGGGUACUGCUUCGAGUCGCGUGAGGACAUCGCGCCCUUCGUCGAAGAUGCUGAGACGGGCGACACCAAGGCUUGGGCAGCACAGACCGCGCAACGGCUCAACUGCUACGUCCUCGUCGGCGUCCCGACUGUGGCGCCCAACCACCCGUCUUCCUCCACCUCGUCGAACCCGCCGUACCACAACUCGCUCCUCGUCGUCUCCCCUUCUGGCGCCCUCGCCGGCGUCUACCACAAGCACCACCUCUACGGCACGCUCACCAAUGACGCCGCCGACUACCUGUGGGCCACCGCCGGCGACGCAUUUGUCGCGCUCGACCUCCCCUUCCCGUCCUCGUCGCCUUCCUCGCCGCACGGCAGCUUCCGCCUCGUUCCCGGCAUCUGCAUGGACCUCAACGAGCGCGACUUUGCGCCGACGAGCGAGAACGCGCUCGCGACUUUUGCGCGUGACGAGCGGGCCGACGUGCUCGUCGUCGCGAUGAGCUGGCUCGACUCGGAACCGCCGAUCGAGGACGAGCACGAGGGAGCCGAGGAGACGGGGGACGAGUGGGACGACGUGCGGGACGUCAUCUCGUACUGGGUCGUGCGGUGUAUGCCGAUGCUGGGCAGUGGGGCGGCGCUCGUCGCGGCGAACCGGGUCGGGCGAGAAGGCGACACCGUCUUUACCGGCUCAUCGUGCGCUGUUGAGCUCGGCGACCGGCCAGCAGUGGCGCAGUACGCCAACAAGCGCGGCGAGGCCGUCAUCCUUGCCGAGCUGUCGCUUCCUGAGCGGGGCGAGGACUAGACGGACGUGAGGGGGAAACUGCUAUUUCAACUUGUUGCUGUACUAUCUACGAGAUGCGCACGAUGAUCUUGCCCGUGUUCUUGGCCUG